AUGUUGGGAGGCAACAAUGAGAACCCUUUACCGCAGGUUGUAAUGAACGAUAGCCAGUUUCAGUACCAAACAACAGACGCAUCGUUGAAUCAGCUUCACUUGCUCGGAACCAUGAGAGCUGGUUGCGCUAUUGAUCCUGUAAACUACUUUGCUAAUGAUAACCUUGCUCCAAUGAUUCGGCAUAGUAGCAAACUCGGAAGAGAACCCGAAAUCAACAACAAUAUCCAGAGACAGCAGAAGCUGCAGAUCUCUUUGAAUUACAACUACAAUAACACUAGUGUUGUUCAAGAUGAAGUACCAAAGCAGAACUUAGUGUCAACUGGUCUGAGACUAUCUUAUGAUGAAGAUGAGCGAAACUCUUCUGUAACUUCUGCAAAUGGAAGCAUCACGACUCCGAUUUUCCAGUCACUCGGUGACAAUAUCAGAUUGGAUCUUGAUAGGCAGAAAGACGAGCUUGAUCAGUUUAUCAAAUUCAGGGCGGAACAACUGGCGAAAGGCGUGAGAGACAUGAAACAGAGACAUGUCUCGUCCUUUGUCACGAGCUUGGAGAAGGAUGUGAGAAAGAAGCUUCAGGAGAAAGACCAGGAGAUCGAGAGGAUGAACAAGAAGAACAGGGAACUUGUGGAUAAGAUUAAACAAGUGACAGGGGAAGCUCAGAACUGGCAUUACAACGAAUCUGUGGUUAAUGCCUUGAAAGUAAAUCUGCAACAAGUGAUGUCACAUGGAAACAACAGCAAUGGAGCAGGAGUGGUAGUAGCUGAUCAUCAUCAUCAUCAUCAAGUGAAAGAAGGGUUUGGGGAUAGCGAGAUUGACGACGAUGCUGCCUCAUACAACUACAUGAACAACAUCCCGGGGAUGCCAUUGCCAAGUACUGGGAUGAGAUGUAAGUCGUGCAAUGCAAAGGAGGUUUCGGUCUUGCUUGUGCCGUGUAGGCACUUGAGUUUGUGUAAAGACUGUGAUGUGUUUACUGGUGUUUGUCCUGUUUGUCAGUCUUUGAAAACUUCUAGUGUUGAGGUCUUCUUCUCCUGA